AGUAAGGCUUAGAAUUUUUUUUCUAGAACUUUUUAUAGCAUGGGUUUCCUAAUAAUUGUUUUGAGCUUUUUGUCUUGGGAGAAUUCGGAUGAUAUACAGAUUUCAUCCUUCUGUUUUCGCAUUUAGUUCAUCUAAUAAGGAACUUAGAGUUCAAGAUUUUGAUAUACGAAAAAUCGAAACUGUUAGUUUUGCCAUGUUGGACUGUGGAAUGAAAAUGCGUAUUUCGAAGUCACGGCAUCGAACGACAUGUGAACAUGACCAUAAUGCUGUUUAUGGACUUGAUUAGAUCUUCGUGACACAGGUUGGCACGCUUUCGAGGUUAAUAAUUAGCUUAUUAUUUAUGUAAACCUGUGUGCAGCUUUAAAAUUACACACGCUUCUAACCUGGUCCAAACUCCAUUAGUGAUUUGGCCGUGCUUAACACUUGAGGUGCAGAAUGGCUCUGAAGCUUUUGGAAAACAAACUUCUGCUGCGGAGAAAUAACGUGAUAAGGUAGAGAGAAAACGUCUAACCCUUGGUUAGUUUUGAUUUUCGACGCUUCAAUCCUCAAAGAGCUUUUACAAUUUUCAAGCCUUCAAAUCGAUGAGCUGGUAUGUGAGAAGCGGAAAAAGAUGGGAUUCGCUGCGCUGGAAAAUCACGACACCAAGCCACUGAUACAACCGACCUGGCACACCCAUCUGAGGAGAUGGUUCGUUUCCUGGCUGCGUUGGCCAAAGGUACAGCGCCGUGCAGGUCGUGACGAUUGGUUGUACAACGGUACGUUUCACGAAGCGAUACGCGGCGUGCUGAUGAUGGCUCAGCUAUUCUCCAUCAUGCCAGUGCGCGGAAUUCUGUCGAAGGAUCCCCGAAAGCUACGUUUCUCGUACACGAGUGGCCGAGCGGUGUACGCGUAUGUUUGUGCGCUCGGUAUUUGCUUUCUCGCUACCAUGUCAGUGUACUUCUUUGCCAGCAAACGGUACCAUUUCCAGAAGAUGGUUACGGCCUUUUUUUACUGCUACAAUCUGUACGCGAUGUAUCGGUUCGGUAGGCUCGGGCAACGUUGGCCAGAGUUAAUGGUGAAGUGGACUCGCGUGGAUGACUCACUACCACCCCAGAAGGACAUCUUCGAACGGGCAGUUUUGGCGUAUCGGAUAAAGUUGUGCUCCAUUAUGGUGAUGACAUUGUCACUGUCGGAGCAUUUGCUAUCGAUCGUGGCAGCCGUACACUACUCGAACAACUGUCCCGCAGUACAUGAUCCGUACGAAGCAUUCUUCAAGUCGAACUUUGCGUUCGUGUACUACUACUUCUCGUACUCGACAUUGCGUGGCUUUUUGACCAAAUUCUUCAAUGUGAUCUGUAACUUCAUGUGGAGCUAUGUGGAUCUGUUUGUGAUCGUGGUAAGCAUGGGUUUGUCGCACUCGUUUCGGCGUAUCAAUGCGUACCUGUUUCUGCACAAACGUCAGAAAAUGUCCGAGCAGUUCUGGGGCGAACAGCGCCAGAAGUAUCGAAAUGUGUGCGAUCUCGUAACUACAGUAGACGAUCAUGUCUCCGCCAUCACAAUGCUGUCCAUCUCGAACAAUUUAUUCUUUAUCUGUGUUCAAAUUCUCAACAGCAUGAACUCAAGGCCCACCUUAGUGCACACGGUAUACUUCUGGUUUAAUUUGAUCAUCCUGAUCGGACGUACGCUAGCAGUCGCCAUGUUCGCCGCAGAGGUGAACGACGAAUCGAAGCGUCCGAUCGAGGUGCUGCGUACGAUACCGCGCGAUGGUUGGUGUUUGGAAGCGAAACGGUUUGCCGAGGAAGUGACCACCGAUACCGUCGCGCUGACCGGGUUGAAGUUUUUCAGCAUGACCCGCAAGCUGGUGCUGAAUGUGACCGGGGCAAUCAUUACGUACGAGCUGGUCCUGAUACAGUUCCACAAGGAUGAGGUUUCGGACAUAGAUUUGUGUUUGAUUGAUCCAUUCGAUGAAAAGUAUGACUAAAGUAUUAUAGGCGCAGACGACAUUAAAGCAAAGAUUUCAAAGGAAUGUUAUUGAUAUUUUGCAGAUUUAACACGGAUGCUUAAUGUAGUUUAAAUACUCACUAUGUUCAUUUUUUCUUCUUCAAUGUGCUAGUUGAGUUUUGCUUGAAUAUGAAUGUGAAUGAAUAUGAAACUCUACGAAUCAGUGUAAAACAAAUUCCAAUCAUAUUUGAAGCACUUUUUUCUUAUCCAAAUAACAGCUACAGUUAGAAGAGUAUCAACUAAACAGCUUUUAAAAAUCAUUCAUCCUACACGUAUCCUUCCUGGAAGAUUCUUAUCAAAUCAUGUUGCUUCGGGGGUGGUGUAGUAUCGAACCGUUCAAUAUCAUCACAAACCCCAUCUUGAAAAAAGGGCUAAAUGUAAUCGAUUGUAAACGCUCCAAUCGAGCAUGUCGGGCUUCAUUAAUAAACAAUCGUUCGAAUCAAUAUUUUAUACCGUCUACCAUUGUCUCGUCUGAGAUGCAAAUGUGUGAAAAGAGUGCAAAAGAAAGAAGAAGAAAAAAGUAGAAACAGAACUGAUUAUCUGAAUUAUUAUGCAAAAGGAUAGCCUUUCGUUUAUCUGUCUUCCGACAACUUUAUGCUAAGUUGAUUCAUUUACUGAAGAACGACGGCAUUUAGUUCAGUGACCGAAAAUGAUGAAAUACGGCCAGACUGUGUAGCGCAGCCUCACGUUCCGUACCGUACGACAGCCUCAAGUAAGCAAAGGGCAUGAAAUGAAAUCGGAAAAUUUAAUUAAAUGGAAAUGAGCAGCAGAAAGGUAGCAUUUGCAUUCUGGUUUAAAUUUGGUAUCAUUUCGUUAGGGGAAAAUUUUCGCGUCAACGCGUUGAGUGUGAUGACAUGAUCGGAAAUGAAUUAUGUACGCCGCACGCACUACUAAUGUACCGUCGUCGAUCGAUAUUUGUCGUUUGUCUAGAUCUGGGGUAAUUUGAUAAUAAUUGACCUGAUGGUGUCGGGUUGUGAACAAAAUUUGGCACUAUAGCCUACGUUACGGAAUGGCAUUUAGUAAAGUGAAUGUUUUUUUUUAUAUAAAUGGUGGAAAAUCCCCAACAUAGUUCAAGCAGCUAUGUCAAGGUCAAUGGGUGUAGAAAUGAUAAUGUCCAUCGGUGGGCUGAUGUGAGGUUAAAAACUGCGUUCCACUACAACUUUUCGUCCCAUUCCGACGGUUGCUUUAAAAUUAGCUUUGUUAUGUGUAUAGUUGUAAAAUACUCAAUUGAAAACAUCUCCUUUUUAAUCAGCAAAUUGUCUUAGUUUUCGUGAGCGUGGUUGUACUGUUUUAUGCCCUAUAUACUGUG